AGCACAAAGUAGACGCUGUUCAUUUAAUUCACAUGGCUUAUGUAUCUCCUGUAGGUAGCUUAAACUUUUAGAAAGCAGCUAUAUCCAUUCUCCAGCUGCUCGACCAGAGGCUUUCAGAGAGCUUCAGUGAUUUUAGUCUACUAUAAACUUGUAAGAGAAGAAAAGGGGAAGUUGGAGCGCGAGCGCGCGCUUGUGCAGCCUGCAGCGAGUUGCGCUUCGCGUGGCGCAUUUUGGACAACCUGUAGCAGCAGGUAACGUCCUGUGCGCUCAGAGGGAGAGGAAAAGCAUUGCCUCGGGCAAUUCCUGUGAAGAAAACUUGUGCUCCUCUGCAAACACUUCUGAUGGUUCUACAGCAGCACCUUAUUCAACUCUGCACCUGAUACUGGAGGACACUGGCGAUCAUGUAAAGCUCACAGAGACCAGAGCCACGGGUUAUCUCAGCUCAGCUUGCAUAACCGUCACACAAAUAUUUUUGUUUUGUGUAGAAAACUAUACUGACCAGGACCAUCACAUAUUCGGAAGGAACUUCCCCUGGGUAUACGAAAAAGGAAAAGUGUUCCAUGGAGUGAUGUCUCACAGAAGGUGCAGAGCCUCAGAAAUGUGUGAUGGUGUGUGAGCGUUGGCCAUGGGACAGAAGAAACUCUGGCUUCUGUGUGUCACUUUUGCUUCCUUCCUCUAUCUUACAAAUCCCUCAGUGAGUGCUGAAACCGUGGUGAAAGGAAGAGUAGGGGGGACUGUAGAACUGGGCUGCACCCUCACUUCAUCGGAUGGGGUCAUGACACCGAAUCUAUUCCCUCUGCACGUGGUUGAGUGGGUGCGGCUGGGCUACAAUGUCCCCAUUCUUAUUAAAUUUGGAGCUUACACGCCACGUGUGCACCCAAAUUAUAAAGGCCGUGUGUCUCUGACACGGGGAGCAUCUCUAGUGGUUGAUGGCUUGACUCUGGAGGAUGAAGGCUGGUUUGAAUGUCGCAUACUUUUGCUGGACAGAACUGCUGAUGAGUUCAGAAAUGGCACUUGGACUUUCCUGUCAAUCACAGCUCCUCCAGUGUUUAUAAAGAUACCCCCUUCCUUUGUGGAGGUGCUUUUGGGGGAAUCUCUCAACCUCAGCUGUGGUGCAGUUGGCAACCCAAAACCAGCAGUCACCUGGAGAAAAGAGGAUAACACAGGGGAGAAAGAAGACAAGAUUCAGGUAAUCAGUGGAACCUUAUCUUUGGUCAAGGUUACCAGGGAAACAGCAGGAAUGUACAAGUGUCACGUAUCCAACUCUGAGGGAAACUUGACUCACAUUACCCAGCUACAGGUUAAAGGUCCUCCAGUCAUUGUUAUUCCCCCUGUGGACACUACCAUGAACAUGUCCGGGGAUGGAGUUCUUCAGUGCCAUGCUGAUGCAUACCCAUCUAACCUCACGUAUGAGUGGCAGAAAGAAGGACAAAAUGUCUAUAAUGUUGAAUCUCUGAAGUCUCGAGUUAAGGUCCUGGUGGAUGGUACUCUGCUCAUUCCUGAGUUAAUCCCUGAAGACUCAGGAAACUACACCUGCAUUCCCUCCAAUGGGUUACUGACUCCACCCUCUGCUUCUGCUUACCUCAAAGUGAAAUAUCCUGCACGGGUGAUGCGGAUGCCUAGGGAGACCUACCUCCCUGCUGGCAUGGGUGGAACAAUUGUGUGCCCAGUUCAAGCCGAGCCUCCAAUGCUGUUUGUCAACUGGACCAAAGAUGGUGCCUCACUGGACCUACACCAGCACCCAGGUUGGAUGAUAAACUCAGAAGGCUCCGUGUUCAUAGCCAUAGCCAAUGAUGAUUCAGUAGGCAUGUACACCUGCACUGCUUACAACAGCUUUGGGACUAUGGGUCAGUCUGAACCCACCAGAGUAAUUCUGAAGGAUCCCCCAUUGUUUAGGGUGUCCCCCAGGGCUGAGUACCUGCAGGAAGUUGGUAGAAAGCUAAUCAUUCCCUGCCAAGCACAUGGGGACCCACCACUUAAUAUCACCUGGACCAAGGUUAGGACUACGCCUAGCUCUCCAUUUACUGUUUUGUCCAAUGGUUCACUGGUUCUGCAUCCACUCAGCAAAAACCAUCAAGGGGCAUGGGAGUGUCAUGCUACCAACUCCGUAGCCACAGUCAGUAAAGGCACUGUGGUUCUAGUAUUAGGCACAAGUCCCCAUGCUGUGACUGCAGUGUCUAUAGAUCCAGGCAUCGACAAUGCCAAUGUAUCCUGGGAGCCUGGUUUUAAUGGAGGAUAUACCCAGAAGUUCAGCAUUUGGGUGAAGCCCACUAAUAGAGGGAAACAUGAGUGGACCUCACUCCCAGUCCCCAUAUCUGAAUCCAGCCUCCUUGUGACAGGUCUCCAGCCUGCCACUAGUUACCAGUUCAGCAUCUUGCCCCAGAACAAGCUGGGCUCUGGCCCAUUCAGUGAGAUUGUCACCAUCAUGACCCUGCCUCCUCCAACAGAUCCACCUACUGUAGUAACCAAUUUAGCAGCACUACUUGCUCCCACCUCAUUGUCAGUAAAUUACACAGCAGUGGGUGUGCUGCUGCAGUGGCUGCCGCCCCCUGCUCAGUCUCCACUGAUCACAGCCUUCAUGCUCCAGGCAAGGCGGGAGAAGGGCGAAUGGGUUACACUUGAGAGAGAAAUCAAAGUCAAUGCCACAGAAAUACUUGUCCAAGGACUGACAAGAGACUCCUGCUAUGAGCUGCGGCUACUGUCAUAUGGAGCUAGAAUAGUCAGUGAACCCAGUGAAUCAGUCAAUAUCACCACUAAAGGUAUGGAGGUAUAUCCAGCUCCAUCCAGCUUGUUGACUUUUGUUACUCAGCCCCUGAUGGCUGGUGUGAUGGCAGGUGUGUGCUUCCUAUUUGUGACUAUCAUUCUUUCAGUGGUGACAGCAUGUGGUAUGAACCACAGGAGGGAGCAGCGCCGCAGGAAGAGACAAGAUGUUAUCUCUAAUGCCUUCCAGAAGACCCGAUCUCUACAAGCCAGGUUGCCUGAUAACAGUCCGAACAGCAUACUGAAGAUGAAGUUAUGCCCUCCACUUAACUUCCUUCCCAAUUCCUCAUCUUCUGACCGUUCAGACCACUCAUCCUUUGACAAGAGCAGCUGCCGCGAGUAUCAGGAUCAGAAGAAGCAACUUCUCCCCUCAUCAUCGCCACCACCAUGCUACACUCUCUUUGAGAGCCACCUCGGCGGUUCCCCAUCCUCAUUGUUUGCCAUUGAGUCUAUAUCCAGAGGGCCCGAUGGCCGUUUCAUUGCCCAACCAUAUUUAGAGGAUUCUAUAGCAGUGCACAUUAAAACAAAAAAAGAAUUCCCUCAGUCCCCAAGACAAGAUAAUGGUAAAGGAAGCAAGAGUAGCUCUUUCAGAGACUCUCCAAAAUGCUGUUCAGUUAGGUCAGAGAAGAGAGUGAUAAAAGAUCCCCCAACAAGAGAGCAGGACAGCCCCAGCAAAUGUCUAACAUUGAUGAAAGAGCAAGAUGAGCUGAAAAGCUUCACAACCAGCCACAGAGCACAAGAGUAUGAGAAGGAGCAGAGGCAGACUAAGUCAGAAAGUCCUAUUAGAAGAUGGGCAGGGGUCGAGUUGGAUGAACCCAUCUCGAAACCUCAGGACAUUCCUCUCCGGCAGAAAGCCCAGAGAUCUAGCAGCCUGGCCCAACAAAUUUCAGAAUAUCGGAGGGGUUGUUAUUUUGGCAACACCAGCAGCCCCAUGGAGAGGCUACUCACCUCCCCCUCCACAUGCAUUCAAUGGGAUAUCAGCCCUGUGACCUCUCCUACCAGCCAGGUCCCUGCUCUGAGCCUCUCAGAGGGGAUCACACCUCACUGCAUGCUUCCAGACACACCACACAGAGGUUUGGAGGGUGUGGAAGGCUCAGCAGCAGAAGACAUAUCACAUUCACGAGUUACACAGUACACUUCCCUCUCAAUCCUUUCCCACCACAGGGACAGUCCUUGCUGUGAGUCAGACAUAAGUAAGGCACAGGCCAUUUGCCCAGAGAGACCAAUAGACAGGGAGCUUUCCAGCACAAGGAUUUUAACAGAGGAUCAGGAAAGGGAAAUAAAGACACAGUCAAAUGUCUCUAUGUCAUUUGAGAGAACACAGCACUCUACUGCUGAAAGGGGGAAAGAAGCCAGACCUGAUGGACACUUCCCCAAACUCAGCACUAACGUGAGCCACAGUUGUAUUGGUAGUUCCACCAUUACCUAUGAUAAUCAGAAGAGUGAUAGUGAGAUCAAAACUGGAGAUAAGCCAAGCUCCUCAUCUUUGAGGCCUGAAGAAGAGAAGGAGGGCAUUAGGGCACGCUCUCGCAAGAGUGAUAAGUGUGUCUUCAGUGUUAGCCCCAAUUACAUUUCUCCUCUGCCCCUUCUUGAAAAUGAAGUUGAAAGUGAUCAGUCUAAUUUCUCCAUCAGAUUAUCUGAAUCACUGAAAGCCAAGAUUGUGUCCCAGCCUGACAGGAUGUCUCCUCUGCAACCAAGCACUAUCCUGGAGUAUUUGAGCCUGCCAGGCUUUGUUGAGAUGAGUGUAGAUGAACCUACUGAGGAGUGUCAACUGGCAGAAUGUACUUGGCUCAGCACCAAACAAGCAGAUGGGACUCUCUUAAGAGGUGAACCUGAUGUGGUCCCUAAGAACUGGGAGAAUCAAGGUCAUUACGACAUAGAAGAGAAUGAUGAUCACCAAAGCAGAUUUUUGGUGGAUCUUAAAAUACCCAUUAUUCCUGUAGGAAGUUCUAUACCUGAAAAUGUAAGGAGUUCUAAACCCUGUCUAGAUUUGGCACAUGGAAAUACAAGUAUAAACCCAGGGUCCUCAGAGACAAAAUGUAUUUCAACACAGUACUUAGCUAAUGAAGGAAGAAGUUCCCAGCCAUUGUUCUCUUACAAAAGCCUUGGUUCUGAUAAACCUACACAUUUGAGCCCAGCACAGACUCCAGUGAGUACUAAAGUAAUCUAUAAUAUCCCUUAUCAAAGCGAGAGUAUGGAAGAAUCUUUAUCAGAGCACACUCAGUGGUGUCAACCUCAUAAUAAGAGGACUAACUAUGUAAGUACACGAAUCUCUCAGGCUCCUGUGCCUUUUAUGAAGAAAUCAAUCAGCAUUGGUCCAUGUAGGACUCUCUCAGGUAUGGGGGAGCCCCAUCCAUUCCUUAGGAAAUCCAAUAGUUUAGGAUCACAGAAGUGGAAGCAUCAUCAAAGCUCCAGGACAUAUGUCUCUAAUAACUGUUACAAAGAUGAGCUACCCCAUCUUAGUGUAAAAGACAAGUCCUACAAUUCAGGUUGCACACCUGCAAAUUCUUACUUGAGGUCCGGUCCCUCAGGGCAAGGGACAGGGAGUGCCAAAUCUUACAGCUAUGGCCUGGAGAGACCUUGCUAUAGUGAGAGACCAUACAUGACUCCUUCAUCUCUCAUGCAUGCACAUGGCCCGUCAGUCCAAGAUCCACCAAAACUUGUAGAACCUUAUAGACGAGAGUCAGAUCCACGUCGACAAGCCACAGUCUUUCCAGAGUCUUUAAGGUGCCCACUGUCAUAUCAGGAGACCCUCAGGUUAGUCCAGCACAGGUAUGUCCCCCAGGGUCCCCCUCGACCCCUUAGUGCACCCAGACUAGUUGCAAGGUGGGACCAUCCUCAUUCUGUGGACUCCAGAAAGAGAUUUCAGAGGCCAUUCUUGCCCAGGGGUUACAGCUGGCCCUCACCCCACCAAGCAGCUUUUCCCUCAGGGGAGAUUCAGAGAGAACUGUAUGGGGUGGUGGGUAAGAGCGAGGGCAGGGACAGUACCGGAGAGGGUGGUCGAGCCAGUUAUGCCAGCCAAAGCAGUGGUAGGGGGAGUGUGGGGCCAUUUGGGCACCUCCGCCAGUCCCUUUCCAUCACUCCUACAUUAUUGAGCUCUCCUGAGACUACAGAGGAGAGUGAGAGGUGCAAGAGAGAAUCUGACCUGCAAGAGCGAAGGUCAAAAAGUAGGAAUACAUCAGUAGAUCAGAGUUAUGAGUUUGAUGCUACUGAAUGCCAAAUAGGCCUUGACCUCCUGGAGGCCAUGAAGAUGCAGCAAGCAGGCAAGGGCCAAGGGAGGGAGCUGAAGCGUGAUAGGCCCCUUACCAGCACUGGCCUCCAGGACCUGCAGGAGAAAGGCCCAAACUCCUUCAUUAGUUUUCCCUCAGCCUCCCAGCCUCCUCAACAGCAAUACAGUCAUUCACUUAGUGAGGCACGUUUCAGUGCCCUGAUGCAAGAGUUCCAGGAAUACCGCAGAGCCCAGGAAUCCUUCUCCAAAGACCCCUACCUCCUCCCUGACCUCAACUCUGACUCAGAGUCUGCCCUGCUUUGAGCCCUACCUUGCUGUUAGCUUUGAACACCACUUUGUGACUAGAGAGGUGCCAAUUAUGAAGUUAAUACAUUCAGUCAGUAUUCAUGUUUUAAAUUGCAAUUUGGCUUAUGUGUGAAUGUUUGAAUGUUUCUGCUGAUCAUGCCAAUCUGCUAUUGCUAACAAACAUGAUAUCAAAAGUGUUUCUGUAAUAGUGAAUCUUCUGUCAGGAGAUAGAUUUGGAAUAAUCGUGUCCUGAAAAUAAGCUAAGGACAUUUUGAUACUCAUAACCAUGAUAUACGUUUAUCCUAUACUUGGACCUUAAAGGGGAUAUUUUUUAUGAGAGACACUAAAUGUGUGUCAGUGUUUUCCAAAAAAAAAAUUCAAAUAAGAUUUAUUAGGAAAAUAGAAUAGUUGUAAAAAUCAGUUUAUGUGCUCAGGUGUUUUAUUCUUUUUAUGAUAUCAGGUGCAGGAUAUUCAGAAGCUUAUUUUGCAGUGACUUUGUUGGUUUUUACAAAUACAACAGGUGUGGAAUGCAUUUUAUUUUUUUUUUUUUUAAUUCACUUUAAUGUGUACAAAUGUGUAGAUCUGAAUUUGCUUGAAAUUAAUAUAUGCAAAUUUUGGGUACGUUGUUACAUCAGUAUAUGUGUUACCUAAUAAGAGUGAGUCACCCCAGACCAUACACCUUUACAACUGAAACUGUUGAAAGGCUGUUUGGAGAAAAAGCUCUUGUAUAUUAUGUAAUAUCUUCAACAGUUCAUGAAUUACAUAUAUAUAUAUCAACAGUUUCAGUUGUAAAGGUGUAUGGUCUGGGGUGACUCACUCUUAUUAUACACGCUGCCUGGCCAAAAAAAAAGUCACACAAUCUAAUAUUUUGUUGCACUGCAUUUAGCUUUGAUUAUGGCACGCAUUCGUCCUGGCAUUGUUUCAACAACCUUAUGCAACUUCACAACAUUUAUUUCCAUGCAGAGUUGCAUUAAUUUUUGGCUGAGAUCUUGCAUUGAGGACAGGAGAGUCUAAUCACUCCCUAAAGUCUUCUCCAGCACAUCCCAAAGACUUUCAAUGGGGUUAAUGUCAGGACUCUGUGGUGGCCAAUUCAUGUGUGAAAAUGAGUCCUCAUGCUCCCUGAACGACUCUUUCACAAGUUAAGCCUGAUGAAUCUUAGCAUUUUCAUCCUGGAAUAUGCCUGUGCCGUCAGGGAAGAAAAAGUCCAUUGACGGGAUAACCUGGUCAUUCAGUACAUUCAGGUGCUCAGCUGACUUCAUUUUAUUGCCACACAAUGAGGCUGAGCCUAGACCUGACCAGUUGAUGCAACCCCAGAUCAUAACACCUCCUCCAGAGGUUUGUACAGUAGGCACUAUGCAUGACGGGUGCAUCACUUCAUGCAUUUCCCUUCUUACCCUGACACGCCCAUUGCUUUGGAUUAGGGUAAAUCUGAUUUUAUCAGACCACAUGACCUUUUUCCAUUGCUCCACAGUCCAGUCUUUAUGCUCCCUAGCAAAUUGAAGUCAUUUUUUUCCGAUUAGCCUCACUAACAAAUGGCUUUCUUGUGGCCACACAGCUGUUUAGUCCAAAUCCUGUAAGUUCUCAUCACAUUGUGCUCUUACUUUCACUAUUAAACAUAGCCGUGAGUUCUCCUGUCGAUUUUUUUACAAUGUGACAUCAAGCGUUUUAAAGAUCUCCCAUCAUCCGAUCAUCAUCUCCGAUCAUUCAAGAUUUUUUUCCGACUACAUUUUUGCUGUAAAGUUGACGGUUCACCACUAUCCUUCCAAGCUUUAAUAAUGCACUGGACAUUUCAUAACCCAGUUCCAGUGAUUUCAGCAAUCUCCUUAGUUGUUUUCUUUGCUUGAUGCAGGCCAACAAAUUUUCCCCUUCAGUAACAUGUUUUCCACGACCACGGGAUACGUAAUCUGCCAUGGUUGUUUAAGAAAUGAGAAGCUACACGUUGUAUCAGUUAAGGUUAAAAGAAAUGUUGCCAGCUAAAACAUAUUAAUCACUGCAGUAAUGAUCCAAUCAUAGGCUCUUAAGUAUUUGCUUAUUUAAACCCUAACAGUGACCUUUUUUUGGCCAGGCAGUGUAUGUAUAUAUAUAUAUUGAAACAUAUUACCAGAAGUAAUAUUUUUAAAUCGCUUGUAUGAAAAGUUGCAAAUGUACAUUUUCAUUAAUAAUACUAUCAUUUAUUUAGCAGUUGCCUGUGUCUUGGUGUUUCAGGCAAGUGAUAUUUCUGCUUGCUAACAACACAAUGGUUUCUGUUAAAAUAUGCAGCAUUAAAGCCCCAAUCAGGAGUUACUAACUAGUGGUAUAGAAUUGUAGCAUACAUAGAGCAAACAUAUAUAUAUAUAUAU